GUCGGCACCCCAUUAUACGAAACCCAGGUAGCGGCUCACCGCUGUUCAAAUUCACCGGCUUUUGCUUUCAGUUUCCAAAAUUUCGUAAUCCGCAACAAUGAUGCGGCUCUACAAUGGCUUCCUCGACAUUCUAAAGAUUCAGAAGUUCCGGAGAAUCGUGUCAUAUACUGGCUUCUACUGCUUCACUGCGGUCUUGAGCUACGCUUACACAAGCAACACAACUAGAGCUGGGUUCUCCAGAGGUGACCAAUUCUAUGCGUCUUACCCGGCUGGAACUGAGCUCUUGACUGACCAAGCUAAGUUGUAUAAAGCAGCACUUGGUAAUUGUUUUGAAACUGAAGAAUGGGGUCCUAUUGAGUACUGCAUCAUGGCUAAACACUUUGAGCGCCAAGGCAAAGGGCCUUAUGCUUACCAUGCUCAGUACAUGGCACAUCUUCUGUCUCUUGGACAACUUGAUGGAAGUGGCUAGAAGGGUAAUUUGUUUUUCCAGAAGAUGAGCAGGAGAUCUUGUGACAACGUUCUCUAUGAACUAGCAGAUGAAUAACUGAUGUACAGACUUCCUUUAAUAUAUUUUGUAUACACUUGAUUGUGCUCAGUAUACCUAUUGUUGAAUGAGUGUAUUGCUAAACAAGGGGUUUCCCUUCGUUUCAGAUUAAGGAGACUUUGAUACAACUUU